GUGAGCGCGUACGUGGCUCGGCGGCGCGCACGUAUGGCCUUGUUGUUGUUGAUGUUUCACUGUUCUGCGGCUGCGCGCUGCUAGAGCUGUGCUUGUGCUAGUUUAUGCCAACCAUACUCCAGUUUUACCCCGUGCCCAGAUGCCCGCCCCAGAGGCCGCUUUCGGCUGAAGUGACCCCGUGGAGUGUGCCCUCUGCGGCCCGAGCAUCGAGCAUUUCCCGGCGCCUCCAGACUCGUCAGUGACACGGGACCCGAGGCCUGUUCCGCGGCUGGACUCCGUAUGUGAGCGCCCUCUUCUUCGACAGAGCAGACACCCAGACGAAGCCAGGCACCGCGGAGCUUUCCCCCGUUUUAUGAGCCCGAGCCCGGCCGCUGUUUGCCCCUCCAUGUGGGUGAGGGACCUGUGUGUGUCCGACUAUGGCCCGAAAAACAGUUAGCAGGAAAAGGAAGGCCGCCGAGCCAAAAGAUCAACAACAGGUGGGCUGGUGCCUGAAGCGCUCCCGCCUCUUUCGCCCCUCCCUCCGCUGCCACACUCGGCCUUCUGUGGUGUGUGCUGUUCGGGGCAGAGAGUUCCGGCCUCAGCUUCAGGUCGAAGGUCGUCUCCAGCGCAGUCUCCGAGGCUUUGCUGCGGCUCGUCUGCCGGGAAUCCUGCGUGAACGCCAGCUUUCCCUUGGACGGUUAAACAAAGUGUUUGCCUCGCAAUGGCUCAACCAGAGACAGGUGGUGUGUGGCACCAAGUGCAACACGUUGUUUGUGGUGGAUGUUCUGAGUGGUCAGAUCACGAGGAUUCCCAUGUUAAAGGACAGAGACAAUUCCCUGGGCUCGGGCUCUGUGGUCAGGCAGUAUUCUGCUCGCUCACGCCCCCGUCUAGAACACAUGGGCUGUGGCAUCCACGCCAUCGAGCUGAACCCAUCCAGAACGCUGCUCGCCACUGGAGGAGACAACCCCAACAGUCUGGCAGUGUACCAGCUGCCCACUCUGGACCCAGUGUGUGUGGGAGAUGAUGGACACGACGACUGGAUCUUCUCUAUCGCUUGGAUCAGUGACACUAUGGCUGUCUCAGGUUCUCGUGAUGGCUCCAUGGGUUUGUGGGAGGUCACAGAGAAAGUUCUGUCUGAGGCUCAGCUUACUCACACUCAGGACGCUGUGGUUCCCUCCUACGCCCACAUCUCCCACCGAGCUCUGAAGGACAUCCCCAAGGAGACCACCAACCCCUACAACUGCAAGGUCCGAGCUCUCGCCUUCAACGGGAACCACAAGGAGUUGGGGGCAGUGUCUUUGGAUGGUUACUUUCACCUGUGGGAAGCAGAACACAACUUGUGCAAGUUGUUUUCGACGAAGCUGCCGCACUGUAAGGAGAACGUGUGCCUGGCCUAUGGGGAGGACUGGUCUGUGUACGCUGUGGGCUCUCAGGCUCAUGUGUCGUUCUUAGACCCACGAGAACCUUCCACCUCAACCAAGUCUGUGAGCUCCAGAGAGAGGGGCAGCGGGAUCCGCUCAGUGAGUUUUUAUGAGCACAUCGUUACCGUGGGAACAGGACAGGGCUCUCUGCUGUUCUAUGAUAUUCGUGCUCAGAGGUUCCUGGAGAAUCCUCUGUUCUCUGGAGGAUACAGGAAGGGCCUGUCUGAGGGAGUGCUCAAGCUCACCACUGGCAAAGGCUGGCUGAACCAUGAUGAGACAUGGAGGAGUUACUUCUCAGACAUCCACUCGUUCCCAAACGCUGUGUACACUCACUGCUACGACCAGUCAGGCACCAAGCUGUUUGUGGCCGGAGGUCCUCUGUGCUCUGGGCUGCAUGGGAACUACGCCGGGCUGUGGAGCUAGCAAAAACAUCUCCUGGACCUCCUCUGAUCCUCCUCUAUGCUCUGGGCUACAUGGGAACUAUGGCUGGGCUGUGGAGAACAAGACAUCCUUUAUACCUCUACAUCUUUUCCUCCACUCUACUCCUUUGCUCCCCUUUCUCCACCCCUUCCCCUGCUGAGUCUUUUUUGCACCUUCCCAAAAACCAAGGAGCAAUCACCUGCUCCUCCUCUGUUUCCUUGGACCAUAGCAUUGAAGCAAGCACCUUCACCCUCUGCGUCUCCUCUCUCCGGAGACCAAGAGAGUGAUUCUCUGCAUAAACCUCUUUUGCUCCUCAUGAGCGCUCCCAUCGGCCGAAGACGGUGUACUCUGAAUGAGAUGGAUUUUUGUACAAAACACAAACUAUUUUCAGAGUAGAAUCCCGAAGCGAAAGGCAAUAAUGACUGAAGGAGGAGGAAGAGUCAAAGUCUUGACCAAUCACUAAAGACUUGCAUGUUCUGGCCUCUCAGAACUAAAACAAGCAAAAAAAAUUAUCUGAAAGAUGACGGACAGAGUGUACAUGUUUUGAAUAAGAUUUGAUUGAAUAAUUCUAACAGACGCCGCGUGCUUUGUAAUCUGUGUGUGCCCGUGUAUUUAUUUUCCUGUUUGAUUUUUUUCGCUCCUGAACGCAUCAUGACCUCUGCUUCUCUGCUGUGUUUCUCUGUCAAAGUGAAUAAUGCCACAAGAUAAUGGCUCAAAAUGUUACAUAACACGUCGCUCACAAACCAAAGUUAUUUUUCAAUAUAAUUAUCACUUUUGAAUGUGUUUUUAAAAAAACUGUUUCACCAUUUUAUGCAAUUUAAAGAUACUAUAUUCUGCAAAUUUAACUUUCUUCUAGAAACAUCUAGGAUUGUUUUGAUGCUGAUGCUGGUAUCGGCAAAAGCUCCGAUAUCGCACAGUUUUUCAGGUAUCAUAUUGGUGAAUAGUCAGACCAAAUUACCGAUUUGAUACCACUUUGUAUUUCCAGAAUAAGGACCUGUAUAUGCAAGCACUGCCGCUGUUGAUGUCUGUGACUAAUGCUAACGCUAAGGCCCAGAGCAGGUUAAAUACAGACUGCGGAGACUCUGCAGACACUUAAAACACGCUAAAAAUGACAGAAAAGUGUUAACACAGCAACAACGCUAACAUUGACUUUGUUCACUCUGCAUAAUUAGCCACAUGCUCCAGGAUGAGGUUUUUACAGGCCUCACUGCUGGUUUUAUCCACGCUCUGUGGUACAAAGUGAACAAGUAGAAAGUAAAAGUGUUUAAAUCAGCACAACUCCAACACUUAAGUCCUCAAAAUCUCAUUUAUUCUCGUAGAUGUUCUUUAGAGAUGGACUUUUACUGGAGUUAUUUUUUGCUCUUGUACUGUAACAAAAUUGACAUCGGUGAAUACACUAAGGCCAAGCAUCAGAUCAGAAUACCCCAUCUUGCUGUUGUAUCUCAACUUGACUGCUAGAAGCUACUGUUUUAACCCCAUUUGUGCUGGUUCACUCUUUCAUCAGUGUUUAAUGGUUUUGAGAUAAAAAUUAAAAAAAAAACAUGUAUGAAAAGCUGUUUCUAAAAAAAAGUUAGCGAUUUAAGUUGUAGAGAGUAAAAUGCCCCAAAACCUAAAUAUGCAGAAUCUAGCAUCUUUAAUAUAGGCCCCCUGCUCUCAUCUCUGUGUUUGACUUUUGACCUCUCCCCUCUGACCCUUGUGUUCAUGUUAUUGUUUUUUGGUGACACAGGGUAAACUUCUGUCCAGCCCAAUUGUCUUUCCGUGAAAGACCUGAUUCUGUCUUACACACUGACACACAACAGUGGGCACUCUGCUGCACAUUUUGGACUCAAGCAGCAAGUGUUCACAAUUCAGAAAUUAACUCCGAGGACAGGGGCUAUGUUAGUUUAAAGCUGCACUGAGAAACCUUUUCCGGUUAGGUCUGCUACCUGCUUGCUUUGCCUGGAAUGUUCCAAACUAUUAGACCAAUAUAUCAGGCCAAUAUUUUCACAUGUUAGUAUAUUAACUAUCAGCGUUAAAUCUCAGGCAGCAGGUGGGCCAAAACAAAAUAUCAGCCUGUGCUGAAGAGUACAGCUUUAUGUCAACACUAGUGUGAAGAGAUAACAGCACAAAACGUGACCCCAGCUCUCUUAGCGGUUUGAGUUUGUAGUCAGUUUAAAUUGCCUCCACAUACCAGAGCUUAUUGGCCAUCGGCUGCUGUGGAUUGUAAACAAUCUGUAGACAUCGACCAAUAUAUUUUCAUGGCCGGCACAAAGUAUGGCAUUAAACUCCUCUAUCUUGCUUUUUUGUUAACGAAUUUUGUAUUGAUAAAGAAUACCUUGAAAAAAAUACAUUAUUAUUGUGAGCGGUCUCGCCCCUCCACAGCUCUGACCUGUAAGUUGGCUUGACGGCGUCUGCACUUCCACAGAGAUGAGUUUAAUGUCAUACUGUGGAGCAUUACAGGCAGAGCAAUAACAUCUCCAUGGAGACCAACAGGUUGCUGACACUCUUCUAGAAAAGUUCCACAUUGAUGAGUUCCCUAAACUCGCCUGUGUGUGAGAGAAGAGCAUGACCACUUUAUGAAGCUAUUGUGGAAAAGUUUUUCCACUUUUGUUUAUUUAAACUGACAGAGAAGAUGCUGAACUUUACCAGUUUUAGUUUCAUGUGGAUAGGCCCAGUAAUUAGAGAUAUUAACGAUAAACCAGGUCAAAUGUGUGCUGCAUUUGACCUGGGAGCGUGCCGUGUUUUCUAUGGGUGUAAUUCGUGCGUGUGUGUGUGUGUGUCCGUGCGAGGGCGCUGUUUUAAUGUGUCUGAGGUGUUUUUAUACUCAUUCAUGUUUUUACUACGACCAGGAGCUCAAUGUAACAUAAAAAACAGUAUCAGCAUUUGAAAAGAGAAAUAAAAUGACGUAUCUAUCAAAA